AUGGAUAACAAAAAAGGGAAGAUAUCAGGGCAAAAAUCCGGUCGUAACGGUACCAAAGACUCUCCCGUUAAGUCUGACGCGAUCAAGGAAAACCAAAAACGAGUCAAAAGACUGAGAAAAUCAUCUCUGAGCCGAGCACAACGAAGUUUUGCAGUUUUUAGCAAGGACAACGGACAUCUAAACAAGUACGAAAACUUAGAGAUGGAUCCCAUUGAUUCUGGUUCCGAUAGCAGCGGCAACCAGCCGAAAAAUGAGAAAAAACGGGAACACGUAGUACUGAUAGAAGACGACGGAACCAAAGCCCCGCGGGAAAUUGAUCUGGUAGAGAUCUCUAGCAGCAGUGACAGCGAUGUCGACCCUCAGCAACAGGAAACGCCAGAUUUGGAAAGCCAGGAUCCUUCCACCACGGAAGAUCAUGGCACGGCAAACGCACUAGACGAGAACAAAGACUACAUCUCACUUAGCAUGAGCGAGUCUGAAGAAGAUAGCGGGGACGAGGGCAAGGAAAACGACGUUUCCGGAACAUACGACUACGACAACUACGAUGACGAGUACCAUAAUCAGGACUCGGCUCCAUCGCAAAAACAGCGGCUUAACACGGACUUCCCCUGGAUUCUCAAUCACGAUCACUCCAAACAACGGGAAAUCGCUGACUGGUUAACGCUUGAGAUUAAAGAUUUUGUCGCUUACAUCUCCCCAAGUCAAGAAGAGAUCUCUCUCAGAAACUCGACUAUCACAAAAAUAAGAUCUGUGAUCAAGACAUUGUGGCCGGACUCCGAUCUCCACGUUUUCGGUUCAUUUGCUACCGAUCUGUAUUUACCGGGCUCAGAUAUCGAUUGUGUCGUUAAUAGCAGUUCUGGCGACAAGGAAAACAAAAACUGCUUGUACUCUCUCGCAAGUUUUUUGAAGCGGCGCAAUUUGGCCACACAAGUGGAGGUCAUCGCUAAGGCCAGGGUCCCAAUCAUCAAAUUUGUGGAGCCUGAAUCCCAAAUUCAUAUUGACAUUUCGUUUGAAAGAAUCAAUGGUCUGGAGGCCGCCAAAACUAUUCGUGGCUGGCUAAAGCAGACUCCUGGACUGAGGGAGCUUGUGCUGAUCGUUAAGCAGUUUCUGACUGCAAGAAGACUCAAUAGCGUGCAUACCGGAGGCCUGGGUGGGUUUAGUGUCAUCUGUUUGGUGUACGCUUUUCUCCAGCUCCAUCCUAGAGUUUUGAGUGGUGACAUAAGCAUAGAGGAGAACCUGGGGAUUUUACUUAUAGAUAUGUUUGAGCUUUAUGGCAAGAACUUUGGCUAUGAUCAUGUAGCUUUAUCGGUACAAAGCGAAGGAGCAUCAUACAUACCGAAACAGAAAUACCCAAGCCUACAAAAUCCACGAACUUCAUUUUCGUUGGCUAUACAGGAUCCAGGCGAUCCCAAUAACAACAUCAGUCGUGGUUCUUUCAACAUACGGGAUAUCAAAAAGGCUUUUGCGGGCGCAUUCGAUUUAUUGACCAACAGGUGUUUCGAACUAGAUGCGGCUACGUUCAAAGAUCGAGUAGGGAAGAGUAUUCUCGGUAAUGUUAUAAAGUAUCGGGGUAAACAAAGAGACUUCAAAGACGAAAGAAACCUGGUGGUCAAUAAAGCCAUUGCUGAGAACGAGUUGUACCACCGCAAGCGUGGUAGGAUUGUUCACACUGAAGUCUUCACGGACGUGAGUGACCCCGAGGAGGAGCAAGAUAUCUACGUGGUAGAGAAGCCUCCGAAGAAGAAACAGAAAAAGACCAAAAAUAAGAAAAAGGAUUCGUCGAGUAAAAACGAUAAAUCUAGUGGGUCUGGUAAGUCUUUGGUGGAAAAUCCUUCAAGCAAGAAUGCCACUUCUUCUUCCACCAAGAAAAGCGUUGAGAGUUUAAUGGGGCUGGACGCCGCCGAUGACGGUGACGACGAUGGAUAUGAUCCUUUAAGUCAAACGGCUGGCUCGUUGGCGGAUGACGCAAACAAACCCAGCAUCGCGAUGAAGUCCGUUAACGCCCAAACCAGGCGUGACUACUGGCUGAGCAAGGGCCAGGCGCUUUAG